GGUCGCAGCCGCGCCCAUAAAAACUGAGACCUCCUUGCCUUCUCCCCCCCUUCCCCAUCCCCAUCACGUCGCCCGGCCGCCCACCGCUGGGACCCCGAGCCCACGGGGCCUUCAACCCCCACCCGCACGCGCGCGCGCGCCUCCCCUCUGAGCCCUGACCCCCUCGCCGGAGCGGCCGAGCGCGCGCCCAUGGACGAGUACCGGCCGCGCCGGUCGCCGGCUACCGAGCGGUUCGUCGGGUUGUUCUCGUCGCCCUCCUCGUCGCCGACGGAGUCGUCGUUCGUCGCUGGGGAUGAGUUCCACGAGGACGACUUCAUGUUCUCAUCCGCCCCAGUCGCCGCCUCGGACGCGCGGCCCGACGGGCCAGGGAGCCCCACCCGGGUUCCGCAUAGCCACCUCGGUCUCCUCGCCGCGCUGCACGAGGGGGACAAAAGGCUCCUUGUUCGCCGCGCCGGGGUCGGGAGCGGGGCAGCGGCGUCGGCUGUCGCGGCCACCCCGGCCACGCUGCUCCGGCGCAAGGCCACCAUCGCGGCUGCCACUUCGGCAUCUGGUGGUUCGCUGUCGCCCACCCAGUCCCCUGCCUCCGCCGCGUGGGCUAUCCCGGCGAACCCGAGGCCCAAGAACCGCGCACCGGCCCCGCAGUAUCACCAGUCGGCUCCAGUUAAGGUUCCCGUCCGCCCGCCCCCGAAGCCGGCCAUGGACAAGUGGGACGAACUGGACGACGAUGACGAGCUCCGACACGGGGAUGCCGCCAUGCUGCCCCCGCACGAGAUGGUCGCGCGUGCGUCUGCUGGUGGCGCCGGGCCGGCCGCCCCCUUCUCGAUGCUGGAGGGCGCCGGUCGCACGCUCAAGGGCCGAGAUCUUCGACGGGUACGGGACGCUGUGCUCCGGCAAACCGGAUGGCUCGACUGAAUCCGGUGAGGUGAUGUGGCUCUGGACUUGUAUUCAGCUUAGAGUCAUAGAUUGGUUACAUUAGGAUAUAAUUCUUGUGGCGUUGUAGAUCGGAAGGGAAGAUGAGAAAGUAAGGUAACAGGUUGAGUUUUUUUGUGUGCAAGUGCUUGCAAUUUUGAUCUCAGUGAAUUGGAAGGAUGUGUCUGUUAUUACUGAAGUUUCAACAGUAAUAAGAACUUGUGUCAUGUAUUCGUAAAUUGGGAGUUUUCUGUAAUUCAGGAGGAAGGGCAAUUUUGUCAACGCUGUUGAGUUUAUCUCGACAAUUCUCAA